AUGAGUCGCGCACCAGUCAACACGCAGGAGCAACACUUGGUUUCAAUGACAGCAGGAGGGCAAAAAACUAAAAUAAGUGGCGAUACCAUCGAGCACGACAUCGAGGCUGGAAUACCGGAUGCCCACACCCGACAAUACCCUUCCGCGCCCACCCAUCCCAGUUUUGGGCUUCAUGGUCGAGAUCCAAGACUCUCUUUCUCCCAGCGCUCGCUUCGCAUCACAUGGGGUUGGUUUUCCGUCUGCAUGAGUACGGGCGUGAUGGCUAUGCUCCUCUCGGAGCAGCCAUACACGUUCAGGGGGCUUGUUGCCAUUGGCACCGCCUUUUACCUGCUCAACCUCGUCCUCUUCUGCACCUUUUUCGCCCUCGUCGUCGCCCGCUUCGUUCGAAAACCGAGGGCAUUCAUCACUAGCCUGCACCAUCCGAGCGAAAGCUUCUUCUUCGGCAGUGUAUGGGUAUCCAUCGCUCUCAUCAUCUACGGCAUGCAGGUGUACGGGGUUCCGCGAACAGGGCCCUGGCUCGUUCACGUCCUGGCCAUUUUGUUCUGGACCUACCUCACGUCCGCAACUCUUGUCGCCAUCUUUCAAUACCACGUCAUCUUCCACGACGAGAGGUUAACACUCACCGACGCUAUGCCAUCAUGGAUCUUGCCGGCGUAUCCGCUGCUCAUGACCGGCGUCCUCUCCGCUGCCAUUGCUAGGUCUCAGACGCAGCAUGUUGGCAUCCACCUCAUUGUCGCCGGCAUCGCCGGUCAGGGAUUAGGUUGGAUCCUUGCUUUCUUCAUCUACACAGUCUAUCUGACGAGACUCAUCCACGGCUCGAUGCCCCCGGCCUCGGUUCGACCUGGCAUGUAUGUUUCAGUCGGUCCGGCGGCCUAUACCUGUGCUGGUUUUCUCGCCCUCGGAAAAAUGGCCAAAAAACAUCUCCCGCCCGACUUUCUUGGUGUCCAAGAGUCCUUCGCCGUGGGCGACGUUUGGUUCGCCAUAUCAGUGCCAACCGCUCUGUUUCUAUGGCUCAUCGCCAUCUGGUUCUCAGCUUUGUCGACCCUGUCCAUCAUUCGGGCUGCGAGGAAGAUGAAGUUCUCUCUACAGUGGUGGGCCUUUGUAUUUCCCAACGCUGGCUUGGCCAUUGCAACCAUCCAAGUCGGCAACGCGCUUGAGAGCAAAGGUAUCAAGGUUGCUGGAUCCAUCCUAACCGUCCUUCUGGUUCCUCUGUGGAUUUUAUGCGCCUGCCUUCAUGUGCGAAGCAUUUGGACUCAUCAGUUGCUCGCUCCUGGAAAGGAUGUUGGUGUCGACGAUGUAAAUGAUACGCACGAUGCAAAGCUGGAGAGGUACAGGGCGAGAAAGAGGGACAGGGUGGAGCGGCAGCAGGCCCAAGGUGCCCGCAAACAGAUUGGGAGAGGUGCACUAUGGGCAAGGAAAUGGAUGUCGUCUCCGGCUCCUGUUGAGCAUGGAAUUGCUGCUAGCGAGAAUAGCAUGGAAACGACGCAGGGUCAUGUGUGA